GGGCCCACGUGGGGCCGCCGAGCAGUAGGCGGCGGCGGCGGGGUGACCAUGUGUGCUGGGCGGUGUGCCGCCGGCCGGGGCAGCGCCUGAUCGCCGAGCGAUGCUGCGGGGCGGCGCGGGGCCCUACGCGACCCGGCCGCCCCCCUCGCCUUCUCUUUCUCCUUCUCCAUGAGCGCCCCGGCGACGGCGGCGGCCCCCGUCAGGCUGAUGCCCGGCGGGCACCCGGAGCAGCCGCCCGCCGGCUCUCCCGCCGGGGGCCCGGCUCCCGCGUGCGGCAGCCCCGCCGCCAAGGUGCCCGGCUGCCCGGCGCCCUCCGCUCCCUCCGCGGGGCCCCCGGCGGUGCGCGCGGCUGCUGCGGGGGGCCCGCGGCCGCUGGUGGUACCCAAGGGGCCGCCCGCCGCCACCAUCCAGCUGCCGGCCAACUUCCAGCUGCCUCCAGGAACUGUUCUUAUCAGAAGCAGUAAUGGUCAACUGAUGCUAGUAUCUCAGCAAGCAAUAGCACGAGCACAGCCUCAACCACAAAAUAACACAAGUGUACGACUGUCUGUACCUACCAGCACACCUGCAGUCAGAAUAUGUGCUGUACAGAACUCUGGCACCCAGUUAAUAAAGAAAGCAGUACCUACUCCUUUGAAAACAUUGUCUCAAACAACAAAUGCUGUGACUUCUACUGUUCAGUCACCUGCUGUUAUGCAGCCAGCAGCUGCAACAGCUAGUGUUACUGCAGUUACUGCUGUAAAGCCUUUGAGUACUGGAACACCUGUAAAACUUCCAGUUACAGGACCACCUGCACAAUCCAUCUCCCAAAAGGCAGUCUCCGUGAAAGUAGAGGGCACAACAGUAGCACAGACCAGCACUUCAACAGAGAUGCUAGAGAAUGUGAAGAAAUGCAAGAAUUUCCUUGCUACGCUAAUAAAAUUGGCAUCUAGUAGUGGACCUCAAGCCACUGAGAUGGGGCAGAAUGUGAAGAAUCUGGUGCAAAAUCUAUUGGAAGCAAAAAUUGAACCAGAAGAAUUUACAAAGAAACUGUAUGUAGAGCUCAAGUCUUCUCCACAGCCGUAUUUAGUUCCUUUUCUCAAGAAAAGUAUGCUUGCCUUACGGCAGCUAAUGCCAAAUGCUCAGAGUUUUAUCCAGCAGUGUAUGCAGCAGCCUGCUCUGACCCAAGAAGCUGUUUCAACUUGUACUUCUGCACUAACUCCUUCCACAGCAGUGGUAACCUCACCUGUAGCAACCAAUCCUCUUCCCAUUAUAAAACCAGUGUCUGCCUCCACAACAGUCACAGCCGCUCCUGUUAUAAAACCAGUCCUUUCCAGUGCAUCAGUGACAGCCUCUCUGCAGGCUGUGAAGCCUGUUCCUGCCUCUGCAGUGGUGACAGCCUCUCUUCGUCCUGCACCCUCUGUCCUCACCACAGCAAUAUCGACAUCAGGGCUCACUGCUAUCCAAACUGUAAAGCCAGUCUUCACCUCUGCAGUAGCAACAACAUCUCUCCAGUCUGUAAAGCCAGUGCUCGUCUCUACAGUGGCAUCUUCAGCAGCAACCCCUCUCCAGCCUUUGAAACCUGUCAUGGGCACCCCCAUCAGUAUUAAAAUCUCACAGCCCAACUCCAUCGUUGCGCAGCCAGUGGCCACUCAGCAGGUGGUUAAAGUGAAACAGUUGGUAGUCCAACAACCAUCAGGAACCAUUGUAAAGCAAGUAUCCACACUUCCACAGUCCUCAACGCUGACUCUUCAGACACCUGUUGAGAAGAGGAUGCCGCUGAAUACACUUGUUCAAACAAACCAAUUUCCUGCUGGCUCUGUUCUGAAGCAAGUUACCCUGCCAGGAAAUAAAAUCCUGUCGCUUCAAGCGUCUCCUCUUCAGAAAACUAAAAUAAAAGAGAAUGGAACAACAUCCUUCAGUAGAGAUGAAGAUGACAUAAAUGAUGUGACUUCCAUGGCUGGAGUCAACAUUAAUGAAGAGAGUGCAUGCAUUCUGGCAACAAAUUCAGAGCUCGUUGGUACUGUGAUCCGCUCUUGUGCAGAUGAACCUUUUCUGUUUUCUGAAGCACUUCAGAAGAAGAUUUUGAACAUCGGUAAAAGGCAUGACAUUAUGGAACUUAACUCUGAUGUUGUGAACUUGAUCUCCCAUGCUACACAGGAGAGAUUACGAGGGCUCCUAGAAAAACUAACUGUAAUUGCUCAGCACAGAAUAUCAACCCAUAAGGGGAGUGAUACAUACAUUGUAUCUAGUGACACCAGAGCACAGCUAAAAUUUCUUGAAAAGCUUGAUCACCUAGAAAAGCAAAGAAAGGACGAAGAGGAACGUGAAAUGUUGCUACGAGCAGCCAAGAGCCGUUCCAAUAAAGAAGAUCCAGAGCAUCUGCGUUUAAAGCAGAAAGUGAAAGAGAUGCAACAGUUGGAAUUAGCACAAAUGCAACAAAGAGAAGCUAACCUCACAGCUUUGGCAGCCAUUGGACCAAGGAAGAAGAGACCACUGGAUUCAUCAAAUGCUGGAUCUGGGAUAGAGGGUUUGAACAGCAAUGGAAUUGCUCCUGGGUCAUCAAAUUUUAGCCUUACAAAACAGCUUCUUCGUCCAAGAAUAACUCGUGUCUGUCUCAGGGACUUGAUAUUCUGCAUGGAACAAGAGAGGGAGAUGAAGCAUUCUCUAACCUUGUACCGUGCUCUUCUGAAGUGAUCUGAAUUUCACAUUUCAACUUGCUGUCUACUGCCAAAGAAAACACUGAAGCAUUGUUGCACUGUCUUGAAAUUCCAAUUUCUGGAAAACGAUCCGUUGUAAGGAUAACUCUUGUUUACAGAUAAACAUUUUUAUUAAAUACCUAACUUAGCACCGGUAGGGUUUUUAAUAAUGUUUGGCUUAAACCAGUCUGUAAACCAGUGAAAACACUGAGCUGUACACACAAGUCCCUGACUGGCUUGCAUUUAUGUGUCUUGCAGGCUCUGAGGGCUUGAUAUGUGUACCUAGUUUAUGUAUGUUACUUGCUUCAGUACUCCAGAAUCUGCGACAUCUGUUUGUAGUGCCUUCUUCUAAUCCAACCUUAUCUAGGGGACAAGUAACUCUUUAAAGGCACUGCACAGCAUGACAAUUGUAUUUAUUCAUGAACCAGCAGUCAAUGAACAUGCUAAUGUAUUGCCUGUUUGUCUCGACAAAUCUCCUUAAAUCAGAUGUCCUUAAAUUUUCUGGGUUUAGAAUUACUAUUGAAUGUUACUUUGUGGAGCAAAGUAGCAAACAGAAGGAGUGAGGGACACUUCCUCUUCCCCACAACACUUCAACUGUCCCCUUCCCUUUUCUGCUGAGAAAAGUGAUUGAGGGAGGAUGAACAAAUUGGACAUUCUUGUGGUUAAAGUACACCAAGCAGUUGUAGGUAGGGCAUACUUUGAUGUUUAGGAAAAUCUGGAGUUAGUAAACUUGAAUACAGGGAGUAAAAAAAGCCUGAAAAAGAAGGGUGAAAAGAAGAAACUGAUUUCUUACGUUUUUCUUUGUGUAGGUAACAAAAAAAAAAAAAAAAAGCAAUGGAUUUAAGCAUAGAUUUAGAAAGAAAUGAACCAAAACCUGGGCUUAUUGCAAGAAAGGGAAGACUUGAGAUAUGUUAAAUAUUCUGAAACUUUACAGCUAGAGACUCUUAAGGAGAUGCAUAGUAUUUGCAAAGCACAGGAUUCACUGCUUUACUGAGAAUACUGAUUUAGUUGUCAGCUUAAUGUUUAUCAUACCUUAAUGUGGUAUAACAGGGAAACUUUUCAGGUAGAAAGUAGUUAGUUUAGACAGUUGCCUUGUUUCCAUUCAGUAAGGAGGAUGUCUCCAGACUACCAAGACUGCUAGAAUAGAUUGAAAGAUUUUCUGCUCUGCUGGUAAAGAUUGCCUUGCGGUAGGAGGGAAAAGCUCCAGGUCACCCUUCUCCCCAGCCUCUAGACACGUUGCCUCCCAUGACACAGUGCUGCAUAGCAUGGCUGCUUCCCAGGACAAGUGGGAAAGGCACUGAUAUAUUGAAUGGCUUCCUGCUAAAACUUAUUUUCUUUCAAGGAACAAGCUUCCUAUGGUUAUUUGGCAUGCUACUUUAAAACUUAAAGUGAUAACUUAAACACCCUCUACCAUCAGAACCACUGCAUAUAGUUACCAAAUUCAGUAAGUUUUGAGUCAGGUUUUUUUUUGUGUGUGUGUUGAAACAGUAGUAAACAAAUUAGCAAAUGAAUGCUGUAAAUUAUUUAUAUAUGUAUAUAUGGCAUAUAUAUAUAUAUAUAAAAGAAAAGCAGUACUUUGACUAAGCUAUAGUUUGCGAGAUAUUGAUAGCAUCAGGCAAAAUUGUUUUGUAUAAUUAAAUGCUUAGCUUUACUUUUUAUGUAAAGUGCAGCAUUUUCCAUAUUUGUGUACUGUAUCUUAUUGAUCAGAUGUUUAAAAUUAUUUUAAAUACUGCAUUAAAGCAAUUAUUUUAUUAAAAAUAAUAAAUAGCUAACUUUGUUUAUUCCCUAGUAUGAGAAAUUCAGCAUCUGAAGCUGUCAUCACCGUGACUAAUGGCAUGGUUCUGAGAAUGAGCCCCAGCUAUCUGCCCAUCACGGUGAUUGGCACGGUUACCCAACCUGAAGUGUUAAUGAUAAGCAUCUGUUUUCUAAGGUUUUUAAACAGAACUGGGUGACAGAGCAAAAAAUUACUUGAAGGCAAGUGGAUGGGGAGGGGGGCAGAGUAAAAGCAACCCCUCAUUUAUCCAACUUCCCCUGUCAGUCAGCACAGAGCUGUUUUUUUUUUAUCAGCUGAACAGAAGUAUUUAGCACAUGUUCUGGAAAGUAGAAACACAGAAAGCUUCUCAGACCUCAGCAACAUGCAAUGGAAGCAGUGUCCUAAAUUGUUUUUGAAGCAACUCACAACUAAUUAAGUGCAGGUAGGAGAACACAGAUGAGCAUCUACAUAUGGGCCUGCCUGUUCUUCAAACCAAUGAGACCUUUAAAAUAAAAGAUAUUACAGAAAAUAAAUUACACGAUAAAUAGAUAUACAUAAUAAACUUCAAAAGACAAUUGAAUGUUUUUAUUGCCUGCUUGCAACAGAGAUUAUGUGCUUUCGUUACUGCUGUCACAGCAAGUUGCCUCUGUUCAAAACUUAAGGAGGGAGAGCAGGCGUUUUCCAAAGGUUUUUCAGCAGUUUCAGGCCUGACUUCAGACAGAAGGAAGCAUGGUGAAGGUGCAAAGGCUAAAACUACUUGUCUUCUUCCUGAGGCUUCAUCCUGUGUCUCAUUUAAGCUCACCUUUGCUUCUGAGAAGAGCAGGUGACUCCUUUGCUCUGCUGCACCAGGAGUUAAAGGAGGGAUGGCCGUGGGAUUAUCUUCCCCUUUUUCCCAGACUCACCAUCAUUUAUGGGAAAGUGAAUUGUUCUUUACACAAUAAAAACUCAGUUAUGAGAUGAUGAAGACGAACCCUGACAUUGUUCUUCCAUGCUUCUUGGUUGCUGGGAUGCUUGUGUUCCAGCCUCAGCACUUAGCAGCAGAGCCACUUAUGCCAUGGAUGCUGCAAUGGGUCUAAAGCUUACCCCAGGCACUUCCUGCUGUCCAGAUGGUCUGUUAGUGUGGUGCCUCUUUCUGAUGCACCAAGCUGUCCAGGGAACUAUCCAUGGCAUUCAAGUAUUUUGCCUUCAGAGAAAACAGUAUAUCCAGUUGUGUGGGGGAAACCUGUUGUUGCUGGCUCUUGAUUAAUACCGUUUUAACAACAUUGUACUACACUCUAAGUUACAUGGGAACAAAAGGGGCCUUGCACUCUUUCUCCCUUUGCUGCUUUUUUCCUUUAUUGCCAUUUUUGAGUCUUAAUGCUGAAUCCACUUGCCAGCUCUUUGCACUGUCUUUGACUCCAGCUCUCCCCCUGGGAAGGACUAGCUGAAGCACACAAACACACCCUGCAGCCUUGUUCUAGGUUUAAUGAGGAAGGUAGCAGGGGCCUGGGAGAUUGCUAGAUGAUUCCUCAAAGCCAUCAUGCUCUCUUGGACACUGACACGAGUAGCUUAAGGCUACUGUUUGCGUCAAGUUGUUCUAGGCCUGCUCUCUUGUAGGGACCUGUGUCCUACCAUGUGAGUGCACUUUGCCUGGAAAAAAAUGCUCUCAGCUGCUCUCUGGGUUCAUCUGUUUGCUGUGUUCUCUUUGCUUUUCUCUUCAUUUGCGAUCACUGGGAUUAAGAAGGAAAGACAAAAGCAAAUGAGGAUGUCCUAAAGGGGUAGGCUGCCCAAGUGAUUGGACUUGCCCUCAGUAACUUCUCAAACAACAGCUGCUGAAUUUCUGAAUCCAAGCACUGUACAUGUUUACCUCUUUAUGUACCACACUUGAUGUCUGCACAUGUGAGAUUGUUUUCCAUGGACUCAGGUUUGGAGCCUGCAGCUCUGGAGGUUACAGGAAUCCACAGUGAAGGCUUCCCUCAGAUGGCCACAAAAGUAGUACAGAGUCUGAAGAGCUAUCAUACCUGACAUUUUGCCAUUUCUGGCACUAGCUUUUCAUCAGUCAGUGGUUUGUCCCACCCAAUCCAGUUGGAAGGCUGCCUUGCAUGCCUGCCAGUCACAAGGCCUGUGUUUCACUUGGUGCAGGCCUUUGCAAGCUAGACAAGCACCCCUCUGGGGCUUUUCUCUUAUUUUGAAGGCAUAGGCAAGAAACCCAGGUUUUUCCUUCCAAGAUAGGUCAGUCAUCGUUCCUAGUGCCUUUUCUGAUACAGGCAUGAACUGAUCACUCCUUUACUGCUAUCUGUAACUAUUCUUCCAUGUUAGUUGCUAACUUUGUGGCCCUGUCCCUUCUCAGGAUCCUCUAUUUUAUAGCUUCCAUUACCUCUUGUCCUAUCACAACAUGCCUUCACAAGAAGUCUCUUUCCAUCUUUCUUAUAAGUCUCCUCUUAAAGUCUUAAAAGUCUGCAAUCAAGUCUCCUUAGAGCUUUCUUUUCAUUCUCACAGGAAGUUUGUGUUUCAUGGUGGCCAAGGCUUCUACCACUAGGCCCUACUAUAUUCAAGAGUUUUCUACAGAUCCUUGUAGCAGUAGGUCUUUCUAAGCUUUUACAAGACAUUUCCUUGGCAGGUAUCUUUCUUCAGAGCCAAGUUGGAUGGGACCCGGGGCAGGCUGGUCUAGUAUUAGAUGGAGAGGUUGGUGGCCCUGCCGUCUAGUAUUUGGCGGCAGGGUUGGAGAUUCAUGAUCCUGGAGGUCCCUUCUAACCCGGGCCAUUCUGUGAUUCAUGCCUACCUGAGGGUACCUGACACUCAUCUGUUCUCUUUUCCCACACCACGGAGCUGGUCUCUGUGGGUAGAGCCAACACUACGAAGUCAUCCUCCUCUCAGCAGCUCAGUGUUUUCCUUAAGAAUUACAAUUAUCGGUAAGCAAUUUAUUCUCUCUGCUAGAUCACAGAGAAUGUUCUUCUAAAAUCAGUUUGAGGUGAAAACCUGUCUUUAAAAGAAAUGCACAACUUCCUCUAAGGUCUGAGCUCCUGGACAUGAAACUCCAGCAACAAGGCGAGAGAAAUUCCUGAAGAAGAUGCAAGUGUCUGUAUAUUAAAAUCCUUUGAUACUUUUGUGCAAAACUGUGCAGAGAAUAAAGACCCCCUUGAAGAGCUGAUGAGCUGAAGUACUCAAGAAGAAAGAUAGGAAAAGGAGAUUGAGAACUGAGCUAUCUUCUCUCUCAACAACUCUGGUACAUUUACAUGCUUUCUGGUAUAGGCUUUUUUUUUUUUUUUUAACAGAAAUCACAUAAAACUGCCCUUGUAGAAGAAGAAAAGAGGUCCAUCGAGGUAGGUGAGUAUGUGUAUGCAGGCUGUAUUUUUAAUGAAGCAGACUUAUUGGAUAAUUACUACUUGGGAAAAAUCCUUAAAUUGUUACUUCCUGUUCAAGGCAGUUUUCACUCUGUGUUUCUCAAAAUUUGGAGAAAUCCUCUGUAAUCCUAUCACUGCACUUUGAAGGAGUAGCAUGAAAGGUGACCACCAGCUUCAGUGCUGUACUCCAGGCAAAAAACCUAGAGUGCUGCCAGGUAUGGGGGAAUGUGUUGUUUCCAUGGGAAUCGGUGGCCCGACUGAUGCUGAGAGGCUGGGAUGAGUAGAUAUGGCAUGGUCUGUUCAAUAUCUCAAAGCUGGAGCAGUUUGUACUGAUGUGAAAACAAACAUGGAAGGAGGCUUAUAGCCCAUCUAACUAGCAUUGAGCUGACACAGUCAUCAAGGGUUGCGCUACCUUUUGUCAGGGCUAGGGCUGUAAUUUUCUGCACUCUGUCUUUCACCAGCUGGCUCAUUAGCCCUUUGCAACUUGGCUGGAAGGUGGUGCAAACUCAAAUGGGUCUCGUCUCAGAGAGCUCUCAGAGCCUUUGCUUCUCACUUGAAAGUUUUGACCUUCUUUAUUACAGAGAAAAAAAACUGAAAGUGACCCAAGCUUCAGGUACAAAAGGCAAGUAUUAAAAGUGAAGUGGGUUUUGACUUUGAAUUUCCUUGCUUCUUAGAGACUGCUGGUGAGGGAUGCCCUGGAGCUGGAGAGGAUGGCUCCAGAAAGAGAUCCCCUUGAGUGUUUAAUCAGCCCUUCUCAGUAGUCUGCUGUAGGAUGCCGAAACAGAAAUCAGUGUUUCUAGUUUUUUUCCCAUGCCAUAAAGAAGAACCUGUGGGAAGUUCUGGCUGUGUCCUUACACAAAACCAGGAUAUCCAGUAAUUAGUGAGAGAUACCUCCAGGGCAAGCUCAAAUUUUGCAACACUUCCCAAGGCAGGGAAAAUGCCUUGGGCUAGGGCAGUCUUGGGAAGAGAGUGAGUCAGGAAGCUGCUUUUUUUUUUUUUUUUUUUUUUAAAGAGCAGUCUCUCUAUAUGCUUGAUCAAGACAAACUUCAGAAGAGUUUGCCAGGAUCCAAUUCUUCUAGAGCUAACUACACCUGGGUGAGGCUCCUUCAGCUUCUGGGGUACAUGACUGCUCUUUCAGGCUUUUUCUUUGUAACGGGCUGAAGUUUUUGCAGUUCUAUGUGAAAGCUGAGUUUCUGAUGACAGUCAGGCCUGCCCAGGGCGAGGGGACUGCCCUGCUCCUCUGCUCUCCAGAGCUUGUUGAUGCGUGCUGAGGUCUCCAGGUUCCCUUGAGGGCAUUAUGCCACAUGUGAGGUGCUUGGUGAUUUGGGGAUAUGGCAUAAAUACUCCUUGGCUUUUUGAGCUAAGAGCCCCAAACUUGGCUGCCUGAAGUCAGGGUGCAGUGACCUGAGUGAGGCUCCCGUGGCCUCACAGUGGCCAGAGUGGGUGUUCCCAAUCUCAUCUUGCACAGCUUCACAGAUACAUUUCCUCCCCAAAGCUUUCUUCAUGCCUGAAUUUUAUUUUUUUUUUCCCUCAAAUGAUGACCAUCCUAUCCCAGCUCUCUCUAGGCUGGAUGCCUUGGUUUCCUUCCAUAGGAGAGCAUAUGCACAAAAAACUCUUCAGCUGUCACGUGUCCGGAUUGCAGGGUCAUGGAUCUCUAUGGCAGACCUGUUGUCCUCCAUGUAGACAGAAAUGGUGAGUAUUUGGAUAUCCUCCAUGUGUGCUGAAAUGAUUCAACAGAACUAAAAGAGGGUUCAGAUACUGGUGAUCUUUGUUAACUGUUAGGCAACGUGACAUUUUUGCUCUUGAGAGCUUACAGAUCUGGGAUGGGAUGUCUGGGGAGCCUUGGGAGCGCUGGCUGCAAUGGUCUGCACCGUCAUCCCAGUGCCCCCACCCUCCAGCCCUCCUGAGGUGUCAGGGACACGGACUCCCCUUUCCCUGGAGGACAAUAGAAAUGGAGCGGUUUUCCUGUCCUAGACCCCUCUUGGGAUCAAAAGCAAAAAGGAGGAGGAGGGCUGUCCCACACAGCUGUAGCUAUUUUAAGCUACUAAGCUGUUUUCUCUUGGAUGUCUCCUUCAAGAUGUGCUUUGCUGUACUGCCAACAAAAGCUUGCUAUCGUUAGGUUUCUGCAGCAUUGCAACAAACGCCACAAGAAGGAAGCACUUCUCAGCAGCCCGACAACCCACAUCCCUGCAUCUGGGAUUUCCCUGCAGGUAGUUUUGGUAAUUCCCCCUCCCACUAUGCCACACUUCGGGGAUCUCCUUGGCACAUAGUUGAGUCCCAAGCCCUCCAACAAAGCUACAUCUUGCAGCAACUCACACACCCUUGGGGCCGGUGGCAGUUUGGUGCUGCCCAUUGCUUGCAAGCCCUGGGAGUCACAGAGGGGCUCCCUUCACUCUCUCAUUACAGUUUUCUUUCCAAGCAGGCAGGGAUGCCUCUCACAGGGAACUGAAAACAGCCUCCACUCCCAGGGCGUGGAGCUCUCCUUGCACUCUGCCUGUAGCAGGCUGCCCAUGGGAAGUGAGUGGCACACUGUAGAGGCUCUGUGUAAUUAAUGUUGUUUCUCUGCAUGAAGGUAGCACUUAUUCCCUGAUUGAUAUCUGUGCUGAUAAAUAUGUAGGUCCAACAACAACUGGAUGAAAAAAGAUUAGAGUGGAAUCACAGAAAGGUAUGGGUUGGGAAGGACCCUAAAGCCCACCCAGUCCCACC